AUGCGGCCCCGCGCCCCGGCCUCCCCCCCCAUUCCCCCGGCGGGUGUGGGUGCUCGCUCUCUUGUUAAGCUCGCCUCCCUUAUUUAUGCCCGGCUGGGGAGGCGGGCGGGGCCGCGGGGGGAGCUCUAUCGACGUUCCCGCACGCCCCGUCCAUGUGCUGGUGAAUUAGGAGCGAGUCGGCUCCCAUUUCGCUUUAAAGCCGCCACGCUCGUGUGCCUUUCGGCUCUGCACUCGAUUAUACACCCUAAGCUAGUGCUCGUAAGGUACGAAAUGGUGACGGCGGGCUACACUCCCGCUUCCAGUGUUUUA